CGCCGAGACGACGUGAUCAGUCGCAACGUGUUCGUCGCGAAGUUUGGUCGCCCGCUGAGACUGUGUGCGUGUGUGCAUGCGUGCGUGUGUGCAGGUGUAGACAACGGUGAUAAUAUAUUAUUUUACUUGGCCGUUCUCGUUAUCCUCUUCGAUAUCAUGCAUUCGCAACGUGUUCAUCGCUACAUUUGGUCGCCCGUGUAGGUUGUGUGUGUGUGUGUGCAGUAUUGCUGGUGAUAAAACGGUGACAUAUUAUUUUAAUUAGUAGUUCCCGCGCGUUAUAACAGCCGCAGACGAGACUGAUCCGUCAUUAGUCGUUUCGUGUUAUAGUUAUCGCGACAGCUUAAAAAAAAUAGAAGAGUUUAAUUUCGUAAAACGCAUAGCGAAUUUUCGCCGUUCACUGCCGUCACACCGCCUCGUAAUAUCCGACAAAAAUGUCAUAGACUUCGUGGAGAAGAUUGAUUGACGGUUGAUCCAGCACACUCGUAUAUACUGUAUAAUAAUAUAUAUCAACAACAAUACCGCAUCGCAUUGACGGAGUGCCCAUAUAGUUAAUAACCUAGUUAAUCUAUACUUCCUAUUGACAUAAAUAUGACGAAUAUUGGACGUAUCCGGACUGUAGUGUUGGGGAGUUCUCGCGUUGGGAAAUCUGCUGUUACGGUUCGAUACCUGACAAAGAGAUACAUCGGAGAAUAUAGUUCAAACACAGACCUGUUGUACAGACACGACGUGACGUUCGAUAGCGUUCUCACAGAAGUGGAAAUACUCGACACAUGCAAAUAUUCGACCACUUGUUUGUACGAUCACAUAAGAUGGGCCGACGCAUUCGUAAUCGUCUACAGCGUGGUGGACCUGUCGAGUUUUAACGAGGCUCAAUACCUUCUGGACGAGUUGAGCAAACACAAGUUGCCGUCGUACUUCGCCACGCUGUUGCUGGGCAACAAGAGGGACUUGGACCAUUCCAGGCUAGUGGCCGUGGACGCGGGACAAGAGCUGUCGCUGCGGUUCGGCUGUCAGUUCUACGAGGUGAGCGCGGCAGAGAACUUCGCGGGCGUGUCGCUGGCAUUCCACUCGCUGUUGCGCGAGACUCGGGCGGUGCAGCUGCUCCGCGGGUUGCCGAUCAGGCGCAAGCUGGGCGUGAACAGCGUGUCCAAGGUGCUGGGCACGAUAUUCGGCAAGAACAGCAGCAAGCGGGACCGGAAGAAGCGGCCGUCGCUGAGCAUAUGACCCGCGUGGGCGUCCGCCGACACGGCCACCGCUGCGGGCGCUCCGAACACGACGCUCACGCUGUGAACACGUACGCGAAGAGAGAAAAAAAUCGAAAAUUGAAAAAAUAUAAAAAAAAAAAAUUAAAAAAUUGGUCUCGAGACCCGCCAACCACGACCCCCUCUCCAACCCCUCCUCCACAUUCAUAUCCUUACCGAUAGGUUUGUUACUACCACCAAAGCAGUCAUCGUCGUCGUCGUCGUCACCGUCAUCCAUCACAUAAGACGGGUAUAAUUAUAAUAAUAUCGCCGCAGUUUGGUACAUCUGCUGCGGCGACUGACGUGUAAAAUAUUAUAUUAAUAUCCCGAUUUAAAUGGCGGCGGUGGCAGGCGUAUAACAUCCGUUUCCGUUACGGAUGAUAAGCGAGGAGAAGCUCAAAAUAAUAAUAAUAUUAUACCGAAGCCGUGCGUCACGAUAAUGCUGCCUAUCGUCGAAUUCGCCAACCCGAGAGAUUGCGAGAAAAAAAUAAAUUCGAAUUUUUUAGGAUAUAGGUCAAACGGGUCGGUCGUCGCUGGACAAAAACGGAUGGUGUAUCAAUAUUAAAGUCGACGGCAAAUUAUAAUAUUACGAUGUGGCUGAUAUAAUUCGUUAUCGGCUGCCGAUGACUCGAUUUUGAGAGAAACAAACCGUGUUUUACCGUCACGAGCCGAUGGCGACAGAGUGUGCAAAAAAACGGAAACGAACGAUUCGCGUUUCUUGUGCGUAAGAAAAAAUUUGCCGCCCCUCCGCAGGACUUUCAGCGACGAAAUAAUCAUACACACCUGUCCGUCGUGUAUGUCGGUUGAGUAACUUGAGUGGACGUUACAAGUCUAGCGAAGAGUCCGUUGAGCUUUCUCGGCGGUGGCCAAGUUUUCGGAGACGAUGACUAAAAGAAGCACAUAAUAUAUCAAUGACUUGCUAUUGUAUACGCCAAGUCCACGACGACUUGGGCAAUGUGAGACGAUGUUGUAUGGAUAUCAUGUUGGCCGGCCGGUCAUGUUUUCGCAGUGGUCCACGACACGGAUGACGAAAAGCUACGACGGGUCGAUACAUUAUUUUCAAGUAUUUUUUAGGUUACUCGAAAGUCGAAAUCCAUCCUCCGCCUCCUCACUCUCACUCACUCUCUCUCUGAUCUCAUGAAUCGAAGCAUUUUCAACGAUUAUUUUUCAUUAACUCGAUGUAUUAUUUUUAUUAUUAUUAUUAUAUUAUUAGGUUAGUUUUACUAAGUACUUGUAUUAAUAUCGUAGCUUUUAUAUAAUGUGUUUAAUUUAAAAAAAAUAUUCUGUAAGUACGACAAUUAUUUAUUAUAUACAUUUUUAACAAUAAAUUAAUCGGCAUAGCAUCGUCGCGAAUCGGUGUAACUCACACUCGUCACGUGAUUAUUUGAUGUUUAAUGAAUAGUCUGCGGAGACAUCAUCGGGUUAGGUAGGGCACCAUGCACGGUACAUAUUCCAUCAUUGAAACAGCAUAAAUUAAAAAUGAAUGUCAAUUUUUUUGUUGUUAUUAAUUUAUAUAUUAUAAUAUAAUCGUACAAGCGGUGUACAUAGAUUAUUACUUAUUAGUAUCUAAUAGUAUCAUAUAUUCGUAUAUAUAUUAUAUUAGAUUUUAGGUUUGUUGUUAAUUAUGUGUUAAGAUCGAUAGCUAAUUCAUAUACAGGUGUGUUGUCAAAUACGCAAGCCAUUACCGAGAUCCGAAUUACGUUGGUGAGAUGUAAAUAUCACGACACUAUCGAUUUGAGUGGAAAUUGAAAUGUGUGCGUGGGUAA